AUGUCGCCCGAUUCUAACAAGCCGAAAAAGGCACCGAGGAAACACGUCACGACAGCCUGUGUACCUUGUCGUGAGAGUAAGAUUCGGUGUGACGGAUCCACGCCAUAUUGCCAGAAUUGCCAGCGCAAAGGCAAAGAUUGCAAAUACCAACAUGGCGAGGAUAAACGGAAGGUGUCUCUCCGAGCUGCUACUGAGCUGUUUUCGGCUAGAAUAGAUCAACUAUGCCAGUUCAUAUAUGACCAAGGGCUGGAGCCCCCGUCCAUGGACCCCGAGGAUGAGGCCGGUAUGGACAGGGUACUAGACACUCUUCAAAUCCCCCGUGGGGUUAUGAAAAAUAAAGUUGUCGCAAAGAGGGAUGGACAGUUCGAGAUUGAGACCAAACUGCCAAUCGUCUCAAGCAAAUCUCCAGUGCAAAGUCCACCAGUUACAACUCCGAACGGACAGGUGCGACCAACUGAUGAUUCAACGACCCCAGAAUCAAAUUCCUCUCAGGGAAUUGUCCCAAUCCAACAGCUACCAUCAGUAGUGGAGCCCUGGAACCCGUUCGAGAUGGUGCGGGGUGCUCCUGAUAACCAAAACUUUGUUCACUGGGGCUUUACGCUCCCGACGGCUGAAAGUCUCGAUACCAUAUACGCAAAUAUCAACACUGGACUUGGGACGCACAUGAACACUGGUCUAAGCACGGACAAUCUACAGCUUGACAUGGAUAUGGCUCAGCAGCCCGGAGUCUUGCUAGGCCAGCUACCCAUGGAGCAGCACCAAGACUCUGAGAGUGACGAGGAGAACGAGGCCGAAAAUGACGUUAUUGAACAAUUGUCCAAUCGGAUAGGAACAUUGAAGAUCGCAGGAGAUGGCCAUUUACGGUUUUACGGUGCGACUUCGAAUCUCAACUUGGUGGAUGUUUCUGCCACACAGCAAAGACAGAGACCAGAUGCACGUACUGUGCGUCACGAUGGCCAGGAUAUCCUCAACCAUCUUCGAGUUGGGCAACCGGUUGAUCAGGCCCUAGAAGAUCAUCUUGUCGAGCUCUAUUUUACUUGGCAGAAUCCUAGCAUCUAUGUGGUUGAUAAGGAGAUGUACAUGACUGCGCGAUCAAAGUGGCGCAAUGAAUUUGAUGACACACCUUUCUAUUCAGAGGUUCUCACCAAUGCCAUGUGUUCCAUUGGGAGUGCGUUUGAGGCUCGUUAUCACCCUACUUUCAUCACAUUCCCGAAGUCACUGGCCGAGUUUUUCGCAGACCGAGCCAAGGCCUUACUAGAAAUCGAACUAGAUUCCCCCUGCGUCGCGACUGUCCAGGCCCUUGUGCUCAUGAGCUGUCAUGAGGGGGCAUCGAAUCGCGAUGCGCGGGGCUGGCUGUAUAGUGGCAUGUCCAUGAGAUUGGCCUUCGAUCUUGGCUUACAUAUUGAUAUGAGACCAUACGUCAAGCAAGGAGAUAUAGGCCCCCGUGAGGCUGAUGUGCGACGUGCUGCGUUUUGGGGAAGCUAUGUCGCAGACCACUUUUGGGGAUUUUACCUUGGUCGUCCAUUCCGCAUGAACGCAGGAGAUGUCAGUGUACCGAAGCCUGCAUCGGGUCUUGGACCCGAGAAGGAGACCGUUUGGAAGCCAUACGGGCUUCAAGAAAGACAUAUAGAUAAUAGCUUGAAGGACCCCACGGAGCUCAUCUAUAGACAGUUUGUCAUUCUAUGGGAGAUGGUUUCUCCUGUGGGUCACAUCUUAUACGGAUGCUCUGACAUCUCUCGUCAUGACCUGCAAAGACUAUGUUUCCAGGUGACGGAAGAUUUAUUUGCCUGGAAAUCCAAUCUGCCUUCAAAUCUUGAGAUCAAUUUGGAUGACAACACCACUCCGAUACUCCCUCACCUGCUUGUCCUCCACAUGCAAUAUCACCAAAUUAUCAUUUUCUUCCACCGCCCCUGGGUCUCAAAGAGCUACAUUCAACCUCGCAGCCCUCGCCAGGGACCUGGCUACCACCAUGCACGGCGCAUGUGCACUGAGUCUGCUACAGCUGUCGCGCGCCUUCUACAAAUAUACGAGACGCACUACAGUUUCCGAAGAAUGACGAACCAGGUGGUGGCAAUCAUUUUCAGUGCAGCUCUAAUGCUGCUCUUUGUAACUGUCUCCAGCUCUUCCCCAAUGCCCACCAAAGCUGGAGAGAUCAAUCAACCUCACCCCCGCAAUGCCGAGAUGGUCGCAUAUCUCAACCUUUGCUUCCGCGCACUUGACGAACUAGGCCAAUCAUUCGAGAAUGCCAAGCGAACCCGUGAUUAUCUUGUGACCCUCCAACGCCGCUGGCAAGCUCACAUGCGUCGAUCUGGUCCUCGCGCCAAACGGCAGAUCAGCAGUGCGAACCUAUUAUCGGGCACUGCGCCGCAAAAUCCAUAUUCUGCUCACUCGACAAAAGUCACACAAGAGCCAGAGUCAUCACGCAAGAAGUCUAGAGUCACAAACAGAGAUUUGCACUCUCAUUCAACUCAAAAUCCUAUCGCAAAUGCCAAUACUGCUUCAUAUGCCGAGUCUUCAUAUCAACCCUCUCAGCCACCCACAUCUCAACAGAAUCAUCAUCAGAAAUCCUAUGCUCAGCAGCCAUUUGCGGAACAGCAAACUGGAGAUUUUGAUUGGAUUCGUACAUCUGAUUUGAAUGUAUUGGCUGAAAGUAAUGAUUUCGGUGCCGAUCAGAAUUCUUUAGGCAAUAUACCCACGCCACACUUUCCCGGUGAUCCGAGCAUGCUUCCGGAUCUAGGGGACGUGGAGGGAUGGUGGGGAUCGCCUAAUGGGAGUGCAGGUUUAAGGGAACCGAGUGUAUAA